AUGGCAGGCACAUGGGACGGCUACAUGGCUUAUAAUCGAAUGGUGGAUCAAAAUCUCCUUGGAUCGUUUUCUCCACAGCCAUCUCAAGUGGCAGAAGCCAUUCCAUCCUUAGACGAUGCAUCUCAGAUUCCUGAUCCUCUUCCAGUGGAGGAAGAUUCAACUGAUGAAGCAGAUCUAAUGACACUUGACCAGCUGCUUCGUAGUGAUGGCCGUGCAAGUCUUAAGAAGCUUGAUCCGAGAAGGAUGAACGGUGCUGGCUGGUUUCAAUACACUAAGGGGAUAACUAAGACGGUGAAAAACAUCAUAGAAAGCGAUUUCAAAGAACCGGCUCCUAACGUGUCUACGGUCUCAAACGAUUCUAAAUUAAGAUGGUUCAAAGCUUUUGCGCAAAAGUACAAUUGGCAAUAUGAACAAACUACUCUUGUCCGUGAAGAGUUUGAUAAGGUGUGUGGAAGUAGUUUAAGGGGAAUGGCUUUUGAAUGGAAAAAAGCUUGGAAGGAAGGGAAGGGAAAAGAGAAGGGGAAACCUCAUUGGAUGCGUAAAUCUGUUUGGCUUGGACUCAUUGCUUACUGGACAGAUGAGCAUAAUGCCAACCGAGCAAUAACCAACUCUACAAAUAAGAAGUGCGAUCAGUCUAAGCAUACAUGUGGGUCAGCAUCAUAUGUCCGAAAGAGAGAAGAGAUGCGUGAUCCGGUGACGGGUGAGCUUCCGGAUAUGGUGACCUUUAUGGAAAUGACACAUAAGAGAAAGUCAGAUGGAAAAUUUGUGUGCAAAAAAGCUGAGAGGAUUGUGAAGAAGUGUCGGUUGAUGGAGCAGCAAGUUCUCACUCAAAAGACUCAAUGUGAUGAGAACGGUCUCGAGUCUAACCAUCUUACUCCAACUGAAAUUGAUGUCAUCUUUCGAAAGAAUUGUACCUUGAGACACAAGAAAAAACUCAACAAAGCUGAGAAGAAAAUGGAGGAGUGGAGCUUGAAGGUUCAAGACUAUGAAUUCUGGAAUACAAUGAUGCAAAACAAGUUUCCAGAUGAAGUUCCUCCUUCGAUGAGAGCAACUUUGAGUCCAGACCAAAGUUUUUAA